GCGUAUGCAGUACGAGGCAAUCAUGACGAUGCCGCACUGUGGUUUGCAGUGAUGAGGAGGGAAGCGAAGACAAAAGGAGUAUCUGUGCCCAAGCUUGAGAGUGGAAAGUGGGACUGGGUCGAGACGCUUGACGACAACGACUUGGAAUACUUAUCGUCCCUGCCAUUCAGCAUCAGGAUUCCGUCACACAAUGCACUGAUCGUUCAUGCUGGUAUGGUGCCGGGUGUGCCGCUGGAAGAGCAGGAUCUUAGCGACUUGUAUAAAGUUCGGUAUCUUAUGCGUAGAGGGGCAUUGCAAAACGAUCGUCUUGAUGGGAGCGAAAGGAAGGAGAAGAAAGGCAAGCACAAGAUCUUGCUCAAGAAUCGACGCCUGGAAGAAUCGACACUCGGUGGCAAGGGAGUUCCCAUUUGUAAAGCAGAACAUCUCAGAGAGGACAAGGGUGCAGACGAGGGGGCAGGCGAUGUUUGUGUACGUGAACGUCCUACCACUCCUCAGGCGUCGUCAUGUAGGACUGGAUACGACGUACCCAGGUCAAUAGAUAGGCUCUGUCAAGCAGAUGUAAAUGCUGCUAUUCAAUCGUUGGAUUCUUCGCAGCGUGGGACAAGCAUACGUCAUGGGCCCAGGAAUUGCACCCGGAACGGGCUUGCGGACGGAACUGCAACUGGUACCGGGACUAAAGCUGGGUCACCUGCGGAAGACAGACAGUGCAUUCAUGAAAAGAACACAGUGGGGGGGUUUGAAAACGAUGGAAUGGCCAGAGAACAAGUCGGCGGAUGCUGCCAACGGGUGCCGAUUGCCGACACGUAUUUGGAUGUGGGCGGGGAGAACGGAGCGGAGAGGAACCAUAGCCACCAUGACCAACUUGGAGGGGAGGAAGAAGAAGGAAGUGACAGUGCUACGCCAGAGGAUACGGGAUCCAUGGGCGAGGAGGAGGAGGAAGAUGGGACGACAACUGAAGAGGAAGAACGCGUAGCAGAGAGUGGGGAGAGUGGGGACAGUGGGGAGAGUGGAGAAGAGAGUACAGGGAGUGGAGAAGAGAGUACAGGGAGUGGAGAAGAAAGCAUUGAGAGUGAAGCAGAAAGAGCGGAGCGCGAGACAGAGUGGCGGGCAUUGGAGAAUGUUUCAAAGGGGGUCGUUGCGGAGUCCUGGGCACCCCUUUGGAACGGUCCAGAGCAUAUAUUUUUCGGCCACGACGCAGCAAAAAAGCUCCAGUGCUGCGAUCGCGCAACUGGUCUGGACACAGCGUGCGUAUACGGUCAUCAGUUAACAGCAUGCAUACUGCCAACUAUCGCAGAGCUGGAAGCGAUGGGGAAUGCCGCUGCACAUAAGCCGGAAACGCCUCUUGGUGGACGACUGGUGAGUGUGCCUGGUUUAUCGCAGACUGCCGGAGGCGUGAGUCGAGGGGAUGGGAGGAAAAAGGGCAAAGGUCUCCGCGGGGGGAAGAAGAAGUACAAGAAGUUGAAGUUGAGAUUGCGCCGAGUCCUGCGGAAAAUAUACAAUCUGCUUACCAGAGGCUGGUGGAAUCUGAAGUCGGUAUUCUUCCCCGGGACGAGUCACGCGACGUGGAAAAAGAUGAGCGGCAAGGAGUUCGAACUUGGGAGUGUAGCGUGUUAACUUGCAAAUCAUGGGCCGGGUGGUUGGUUCUGCAUACAAGUUAGAAAAACAGCUGCUAACUAACUAAGGUAACUUCCGAAUAGAAUUUGUCUAACCUUUUUUUUUGUCCAAAGGAGUUCGAACCCAGCCUAUUGGCUAUUGGCUAUAGCACAACACAGGUAACAGGUAUGUAUGUAUGUAUGUAUGUAUGUAUGUAUGUAUGUAUGUAUGUAUGUAUGUGCGUAUGUAGUUCCUGCUCUGCCUCUGGAUGUGGGUAGUUUGGCCAACAAGACUAUAUAUAUUUGCGCCGUCUUGGAUAUCGCGAGUAACGUUAGCAAUUCGAACUGACGAAAUUCACGACAUGAUCUUCUUCGAUGGCCAGCAGACAGGCGUUGUCCUCGACAGGUCAGCUGACUGAGCAGCUACCAGUUGGAAGGGGGGUUACAGCAUGGAAUGUUGGAGGCAGUCAAAUGGUCCUGGAAUUGGAACUAAGGUUCACAACGAGGACCCGAAAGACUACUUGGGAGGUGCGUAAAAUUUUGGAUAUAUCCGACGGUCGUGAGCGAUGCAGUGAGGGAUCGUUGAUUGAUGGAUCUUCUUUACUGCGGUUCUUCAUCACGAUUCCACAAGGAGAAAGUCUGAGGAGUUCUGUGUGUGUGGUGGACAUUGAGGCAUAAUAGAACAGAGUUGGAGAUGGAGUGGUAGACAGCAAUUUGCCAGUCAAGGGUGCGGAUUCACCGUGGCAGCGGCGGCACCGCCGCCAACAACGAGGUGACGCGAUGGGAAUCAGCCAGCAGCGGUCACAGCUUGAUGAGAAAUGUGUGUGCUGCUGCGACCCCGGCCAGCGGUUUGACACACGGAAAGAAAUAAUCGGACGGUCGACCGCAAAUUAUUAGACGCUUGACGAGCGGAGCGACCGUGCCGAUUUCAGCGGUCCUGUUUAUGCCAUCAAGACAAGACAAAACAAAUGCUGUGUUGGAAA